AUGACACAGUCGCAUCAAGCCGCCGCGGUACCGUUCGAAGAGGGCGUCCUCUCCACGCCGUGGAAUAAUGGCGGUCGAGACGUGCUCCUGGGCGACUCGGUGCAUAAAGCUACAGUCAACCCCGGGCUGGGCCCUAACCUGGCCGCAGAUAACAUCUGCCACCUCGUUAAUGAGGUCAUUGCGCUUAUUCGCCAGGGAGGGAAGCCGACGAAGGCCCCGUUGGGUCAUGUGUACGAGGUGUACGAAAAGAAGCAGGCAUGCUAUGUUGAUCGUUGCAGCUUCGGGGUAUAUCGCCCGGUUUGA